AUGCACUUCAGCACCCUCUUUGCUCUUUGCCUCGUCGCUGUUGCCAGCUCCAGUCCAAUUCUCACGAGCUCUGCUACUCGUCCUGGUGGAACUUCUCAUUCGGCUCCAGCCAGCUCCAGCUCCCAUCCGGCUCCCUCUGGAAGCCACUCUUUCCCUCACCCUUCGGGAAGCUUCUCUUUCCCCCACCCUUCCGGUGGUGCCUCUCAUCCACAUCCUUCCGGAACGCAUCUCCCUCCGGGCACCUUUUCGUUCCCUCAUCCGUCGGGUAGUUUUUCAUUCCCUCAUCCUUCGGGCACAGUAGUGCCUCCUCAUCCUUCUGGCAGUGUAUCUCACCCAGCUCCUCCUGGUAACGUAUCUCAUCCAGGUGCGCCCUCGGGAAGUGCAUCUCAUCCGGCUCCAUCUGGAUCCACCUCUCGUCCUCCCAUUCAUACCGCCUAA